CGGAAAAUCAUGGAACCUAAGCUACACUAGCAGGGAGUCCUCUCGUCAGUUUGCCCUUCGUAGUCGGUCUUUCUCUGCCGUCCUCCCGUCCCGUCAUCACCCGCAGGGCUCUUUGAGGGUGUGUACCGGCUUCGGGUGCGGAUCGGAUCUCCGCAUCAACAACUUUUCCUGUAAUAGUCAAGCGACAAUGCCGCCGUUGGACGACAAGGAGUGCUACAGGUACACCACCAAUGGGGCGGCAGCCAGCGGGCGGCCGCAGCGCAAGAACCCAGCGCCGUCCCGGCCCAAGCCGACGCCGUCCAAGUGGGACGACGCGCAGAAGUGGCUCGUGGGCAUUUCCAGCGGUCGCGCGGACGGGGUCCACGGCGGCGCGGCCAGGCCCAGGAACUCCAAUGCCGACGACCGCCGCCUGCUCGGCUCGUCCUCGCAGAACGGACGGGUGUCCUGCAGCAGCGUGGACGGCGCGCUGGAGUACAGCAUGGUGAUGACCGCGCCCCCGACGCCGCCGCAGGAGGGCGAGGGCGCCGACGACGUGGGGGAGACCAAGAAGAUCGACUGCAUGGUGCGGCAGCACGGCUCGCCCGUCGCGGUGAUUCGGUCCGUGUGCCUGCGGGACAUGGGGACGGAGAUGACGCCCAUCGCCAGCAAGGAGCCGUCCAGGACAGCCACGCCCCUGCGUGCCUCCACGCCUGUAGCGCGGAGCCCAAUCUCCUCGAGGUCGUCCACCCCAGCGAGGAGAUGCCAGGAAAGGCCCGUGGCCAUUACCACCGCUGUUGUUGGGACGACGACCGAGCCGGCGGCGGCAGGCAAGGUCGGUUGUGCCGGCGAGGAGGGCCCCGUAGCUCAUGUGCCCAGCAGCGCGAACUCGCUGGAGUCCCGCGCGGCAGCCUGGGAUGAGGCGGAGCGGGCCAAGUUCACGGCGAGGUAUAAGCGUGAAGAGGUAAAGAUACAGGCCUGGGAGAACCAUGAGAAGAGAAAAGCUGAGAUGGAGAUGAAGAAACUGCAGAUGAAGGCCGAACAGAUGAAAGCACGGGCUCAAGAGAAGCUGGCCAACCGGCUGGCCGCGACGCGGCGGAUAGCCGAGGAGAAGCGGGCAAGCGCAGAGGCGAAGCUCAACGAGCGCGCGGCGAGGACGUCAGAGAAGGCCAACUACAUCAGGAGGACAGGGCUCCUGCCAUCAUCCUUCAAGAUGCCUUGCCUGUGCGGCUGAAGCUUGAGCAGAGCUAGAAGAAAUUAUUGAUUGUGACACUAUGCCUCGUCAUUUUGUCUGCUCAAUGUUUCAGACCAGCCAGCCGACGGCCAGUCGUGCUUUUCUGUGUUGAUGCAUUGUCAGAAUCAAUCUGGCUGCCUGGCUUCUCAUAA